AUGUCCCGCGAGUUCCGAAAUUGCCACAUCCCGCGGCAGCUAGGAGAUCUUGGCGCCCUCGAGACCCUCAACCUCGGCUUCAACAAGCUAGAUGGUGCCAUCCCACUGGAGCUGGGGAACCUGGCAGCACUGCAAGCGCUUAACCUCGGGUGGAACCAGUUGAGCGGCCACAUCCCGCGGCAGCUAGGAGAUCUUGGCGCCCUCGAGACCCUCAACCUCGGCUUCAACAAGCUAGAUGGUGAGUUGAGUCCCAUCCCUGUGGAGCUUGGACGGCUCGCCGUACUGGUGUACCUCAGCCUUAGGGGGAACGAGCUAACUGGACCCAUCCCCAAGGAGCUGGGAGCACUUAGUAGGCUGGAGACGCUUUGGCUCGACCACAACAACCUCACAGGCCCCAUUCCGCCCGAGCUGGGGAACCUUGCGGCACUAAAGAUGCUCCACCUUUGGAGUAACCAGCUCAGCGUCACUAUUUAG